UCUGACAGCGCGUGCAGCCGCUGGUGUAAAUAAAUAACAAAAUCAAAGACAACAAACAGAUAAAGGGGACAGGCCGACAGUUUGUGGCGUUCGUUAAGCGGAGCCGCGCGUUAGGUUUUGAACAUGGCCGGUUUAAUGACGGCUUUCGGUAAGUACACACACGCCGUGGUCCGGGGAAUCCCCGCGUCCCUGGCCAAGGAGGCGCUGAGGAGCAGCCAGGCGGAGGUGGACCUGGAGAAGGCGCGCAGGGAGCACGAGGCGUACGUGGAGGUGCUGAGGAGCAGGCUGGGGCUGGAGGUGGUCGAGCUGGCCGCCGACGAGUCGCUGCCGGACUGCGUGUUCGUGGAGGACGCGGCGGUGGUGUGCGGGGACACGGCGCUCAUCACCAGACCGGGAGCCGCGAGCAGGAGGGCGGAGACGGAGGUAAUGAAAAGUGCUCUUAAAGAACUGGAUUUGAACAUUGUGGAGAUGACUGAUGAGAAUGCCACACUGGAUGGAGGAGAUGUUCUGUUUACAGGUCGAGAAUUCUUUGUGGGCCUUUCAAAACGGACCAAUCAGCGAGGAGCAGAAAUCCUUGCAGAUGCCUUUAAGGACUAUGCAGUGUCGACUGUUCCUGUUACAGAAGGGCUUCACCUGAAAAGCUUCUGCAGCAUGGGGGGACCCGGCCUUAUUGUCAUCGGCUCCAGCGAGAUCGCUCAGAAAGCUCUCAAAAUCAUGCAGCAGAUGAGUGACCAUCACUAUGACAAACUGACGGUGCCCAAUGACCUCGCUGCCAACUGCAUCUACAUGAACCUGCCGAGUAAAGGAGAGGUGCUUCUGCACUGCACACCAGAGGAGUUCCCAGAGAGUGUAAAGGUGUUUGAGAAGUUGAAGGACUACAUGCUGAUCCCCUUGUCUAAUGCAGAGAAGGUCAAAUUGGAUGGAGCCCUCACAUGCUGCUCUGUACUCAUCAACAAGAGGGACAACAUCUGAGUGCACAGGAACCAAUCAGAGCCUGUGUGUCACCACCAAGGAUCCCAAUAUUUAGCAAAGUUAUCUGGGUAGAUACAACAUCCAUAAAAAGGUCUCAGCCCAUUGUUGUUAUACACGUUUAUUGAUUUAUAACAACAAAUUUAAAUAAAAUCAGGUUACUGUAUAGAGUAAUUUAAAAUGCAUGCUUAUUAAUCACAAAGUGAAACAAAUUUUACAAGUUAAGUAAAAGCAUGCAAUCCAUUAUUUCAUUAUAUACAAUCUAUAACUGUAGCAUUAUGCAGUCCUGUUCCAACAAAAAUCAAAUGUAGUUUUUCUGUUUCAUUGGAGUAACUAAUCAUCAAGUUACAUUUUCAAACAAAAGAAAACAACUUGAUUUGUUUGUAGGUGUACUGCCUGAUAAAAACAUCACAAAGGCAGGUCAACAAUAAUAUGAUUGCAAAAAUCUUAUUUUCAUAGAGCUGAAGUCAUGAAUAGAAAUUAUGUAGCUUUAUCACCUAAAAGAGUUUUAAGGUCAAAUGAAGUUGCAAGAUUUCUUUAAAUGCUUAAUAUGUACUUAGCCUUGCUUUCCCCUACUGCAGUACUGUAUGUCGCAGUACAUUUUCAGAGGACUCUAUCAGAUUACUACAGUGUCCCUUUGUAUGAAGUUAUUCAAUUAAUAUUAAAUACUCCAGAAAUUAUUCCAAUGUUUUUUUCAUUUGUUUUUGUUUUUAGCUUUUUAUCCCAUUUAAUUAGUACAAGAUAUUCAUAUCUUGCAUCCCGAAAUAAUCCAUGAUUUGGGGGAUUUAUAGUUUUGUUUAAUAAUACUUAUAGAUAUUUAUAAUUUAGAAAUUAAAGAUCAAUUUUUUUACGUUUGUACAAAGGUGUCUUAGAUUAUUUUCAAUUUUCUGUAAUAUAAUAAUAAAAAAAAAUACUCGGGAGGAUCCGUAGUUUUAAUUGACAGUGGCCAUCAUUGAAUCAUUCCAGUAACUGAAUCCACAUUUUGUUUACAUAAACAUAAUAAAACUACUCAGAGAUACAUGUUCAUAUGUGUUGCUUAAAACAAUUGGAUGGACAUUUUGACAACAGUAUACCCGUGUAUCAUCAUCAUCUUGCUCGUUAUUCUUUCUGCUGUAUUUUUGCUGCUCAAACUGCAACAGACAAUCCGAACAAGAGCGCAGCGCAUUUUCACUGUGCUUUACUUCCAGCACUUCCUCCACCUUGGACCAGAUUUCUGGAUGAAGGUCUGUAAUGUGUUAAUAUGUGUGACUGAACAUCUCCUUGUUUCAUUGUUUAACAAUCAUCACAACAGUCAACAGUUAUUAAUUAUUUUAUUAUCUUCAGUAACAGCGGGAAAAUGUUUACAGACAUUUAAACACCUUAAAUUCCUGGAGAUUUUUGAAAGUUCUUUCAAAUUCUCUUAACUCAUAGGUGCUAAUAAAUUCCUGUCUUACAAAUUAUUAAAGGAUUGCAGCACUGUUGUCAUCCCA